AUGAGCCAGCCGCCCUAUCAACGGACAGGCGGUUCACUCCCAAGACCGAUCAGGUUCGUGUCGUCAGACGGCCAGCCGCAGACGAAGCGGCGCAGGGUGAUCGCAGCCUGCCGAACAUGUCGAAAGCGCAAGAGCCGGUGCUCUGGUGAACAGCCAGUUUGCAAGACGUGUACGGACUAUGGGCACACCUGUCUGGGCUACAGUGAGCCUGCUACCGCUCAGCCAGCCGCAUCCUCCUCCUCCUCCUCGAAUACCAGACCUGCCGCUACCACUCUCCCAGCUGCACAGUUAGACGGGAAGGGAAAAGAGCCUGCUGAGAAACCUAUUGGCCAGAGGGAGAAGAAGAACGAGCCAGAGGCCCUUGGACGCAGCGCUCCAGUCCCCAGUACGGAUGCCCGCGAGCAGAGACAAACAGCCGAAGCGACCGAUCAGGCGCAAGACACCCGGCGAGAAAUACGUGUGGAGGAUAUUGCGCCGGCUAUCAGCAGUCCAGAGAGCACCCGGUCUGCCCUUAUCUCGAGCCACCGGACUCAUGUCCCGUACUUUAGGUACUUUGGGCCCACGGCCAUCGUCCCAGGAUUCAAACAGAUGAUUGUUCGGGUCCGGGGAACCCGCAAGAGCAACCCUUCACUCUCGAAUGCACCAGAUUCAGCAUCGUCUAUUCAAGACCCAGCUGCCUCUCAUGCAGCAGGGAUAUCACGCCUUGGUACCGGCAGCUCGAACAGCAUACACUUCUACGACCCGGACGAUACCCUUCCCAAUAGUGAAAUAGUGACCCAUCUAUGUGAGGUCUUCUUCGCUCACCUUGGCUGCAACUUUCCCUUUCUCCAACGAGAUAGAUUCCUCCGUAGCUUGAAGGACAAGCAGCUUGCGCCCAUUCUAGUGGAUGCGGUGUGUGCCCUGGCCGCCAGAUUCUCUCUUCACCCUUUGCUUUCCGUUGAACCCACUGAUGAAGCUGCAUACCCCCAUCAUGGACAAGCCUUCGCCCACCGUGCCAUGUGUGCGGUUGUCGAUGCACUUGCUUGUCCAACUUUGGCUGUCGUCCAAGCCUGUCUUCUCCUUGCCUAUGAAGAAUUCGGUUCCAAUCAUGACAGCGGUCUUUGGAUGUACCUUGGAAUAUCCAUCAGGAUGGCCCAAGAUUUAGGCAUCCAGAAGCUUGAUGGAAUGAAGUUCAGAUAUGGCUGUGUUGGUCUUACCCCCAGGGCUGUCAUAGCCGGCCAGAUGGUUGACCCUGAAGCCUCUGCCUCUGCCUCCACCGAGAGAACGGAUGAGUUAUAUACCAAGGAUUCGGAUGCCGAAUCGCUCGCAGCCGAACGAGCAAAGGAAAGAGAAAAAGUUGAUCUGUUCUGGAGUAUCUUCUUUCUUGAUAGAGUGAUAUCCUCCGGAACCGGGAGACCAGUGACUCUCCGCGAUGAUGACAUCGAGAUUCAUUUCCCUCUAGACUCAGAAUCGAUACUUCAUAACGGCUGGCCAUCUCCUUACCCUCCCCUGAUGAGAAUCAUACAUCUCUACGGGCGGAUGACAGAUAUAUUGAACUCAAUCAAAGAGGUUAAGCAUGUCACCCCAGACGUCCUUCGUCGGCUUGCCGGAAUGGAAAGCGACCUAACUGGCAUAUACCAAAAGCUAUCUCCAAAGCUAUAUUUCAACGUUCUCAAUUUCCAAACGUAUGUCAAAGCCGGCCAGGGAACGAACUUCAUCCUCUUACAUUUUUGGUUCCAUACUCUCAUUGUGCUGCUCCAUCAACCUACGCUGCUGCAUUCGUUUAGUGGUAAAAUUCAACAGCUAUUUUCCAACAGUCGAGAGCUGUCUAUGUCCUCUGCCAAAACAAUCGCCGAUAUCCUUGCCUUUGCGGAACUGAUCGAUGUCAAAAGCUUCACCGGUAACCCAUUUACCAGCCAGCCCAUCUACAUCGCGGCGUGUGCUUUUCUCAUGGAAAGCGCUUUCUACUCCCUCCCGUCAUCCAGGGCUGAAAGUCCGCCGUCCAAACCGGGAUCCUCGAGCCAGUCUUCCAAGCCUUCCGGCGCCGAAGCGGAGCGCCAUACAGUGCCUGGCCGUGGCUCCAACCCUAAGCACUCUCUACUAGCCGUUGCAGCAAAGGAAAAUUAUCAGCGGUGCUACAAAGCCUUGCAGUCGUUAGAGAAAUCUUGGGCGGGCACAAAAUAUAUUCUCACAGCAUUGGAUCAAAAAUCCAAGGGAAUAUGGGAUCCUUUGCUCUACACAGAAGAAGAAAUGGAGAGCACUGCCGAUGUUGAUACAUCUCUAACCCUGGCGUGGAAAAAGAGGCAAGCUGAAAGUGCAAACGCCCAAAAGUCCGACAGCUCAACUCGGACUGGUUCAUCGCAAGCUCCAGUACCUACCGUGGAGUCCACGAAUAUUGAUCCUAGUCGGGCGAUCGGAUGGUCAUUAACCGGCGCCACAAACUCCUCCCAGCCAAACUUGAGCUUUCUAUAUCAACUUCAGACUACUUCUCCCGACAUUCCCACACCAUACCCAGUAACCACUCAGUUCCAAGAAACAUUUCAACGUUCCCCGUCAUCUCAUAUACGAUCAACAAGCACCGCCACCACCCAGCCAGCGCAACCUUUCCAUAGCCAUGAAGCUUCAAGCCAGCCCAGGAGAACCCCCCAGCUCUCCUCUCCAGCGCAGCAAAACACCCUUUCGCCCCCUUAUUCACACCUCCAGCCAGACAGACAGUCACCGUCUAAUACAACUCUCAAUCUAACUCACAGCCCAGGUUUCACUGGCCAGUCCACAUCACUAUCCCGUUCCCAGCACUCUGUCUCGCCUGGGACACAGCUGGCACAGGAUAGCAACACACAGUACAGCUUUCACACCCCAUCUCCUUUUGGCAACCAAGCCAUGGCCGCCCUGGACAAUACUCAUAUUCCGGGAUACGACAAUGUACCUCUGAAUGCUCAGAAUUUGACUAUCGAAACCCGGGAUAUCGACGUGAACACCUUCCAAAACCAGGCGAACUUCCCGUUCUCGUUUGAAGGCGGUUUCAUGCCAUGGCUGGAAUAUCUUCCUGAAGAUGUCUUGCAUUUCUUCGGCGAUCCCCAAGGCUAA